GUUGUCAUCACAUUCACGUUGCUUUUAAGUAGGCAACGUUUCAUAAAGCUUUUUUAAGCAAACCCAUAACACUAUUUAUGUGUGAAUACGUUUUUUCGCAUGCAGUUGUAAAUGUACACCGUGCGAUUUAGAUGCCUGCAGUAUCUGCACCGUCACAUGGUGCUUCCUCUGAGCUGCAGCAGCCAGUUGCUUCCGGCGCUGCGGAUGCGGAGUGCGGACUGUGCCCGUGACAACACAAGGAGAGGAAAACCAGCGCAGGCUGUUCCCGGGGUUUCCAGAAGCAGCAAGAGGCUGAAGUAUUCCCAGCUGCUCUGCAGGUCGAGUUCAGACACCGACGGCACCAUGACCAACAGCGAAGGGUCUGAGACGACAAACGAUAGUGCUGGUCACUCCACCGAUCAGCAGCAGAGCAUGAAGCUCAAGAAGGAGAUCUCCCUGCUCAAUGGAGUCAGCCUGAUUGUGGGAAACAUGAUUGGAUCUGGUAUCUUUGUCUCCCCUAAGGGUGUGCUCAUCUACAGCGCUUCCUAUGGGCUGUCGUUCAUCAUCUGGGCCAUCGGAGGCUUGUUUUCAGUGGUUGGUGCUUUGUGCUAUGCUGAGCUGGGAACCACUAUCACCAAAUCAGGGGCUUCUUAUGCAUACAUCCUGGAGUCCUUUGGUGGCUUCAUUGCAUUCAUUCGUCUUUGGACAUCCUUAUUAAUCAUUGAACCCACCGGUCAGGCAGUCAUAGCCAUUACAUUUGCAAAUUACCUGGUGCAGCCACUUUUUCCAACGUGUGCACCGCCAUAUGCCGCGUCCAGGCUCAUCGCCGCAGCGUGCAUAUGUUUACUGACGUUCAUAAACUCUGCCUAUGUAAAGUGGGGCACCCGUGUGCAGGACGUUUUCACCUAUGCAAAGGUGGCAGCUCUCAUCGUCAUCAUCAUUACGGGCAUCACCAAACUUUGCCAGGGUUACACAGACAACUUUGAGUCGUCCUUCCAGGGCUCGUCUACAGAUCCUGGUGACAUCGCUCUGGCGCUGUACUCUGCACUCUUCACUUAUUCUGGCUGGGAUACUCUUAACUUUGUAACAGAAGAAAUCAAAAACCCUGAGAGGAACCUGCCCUUGGCCAUUGCCAUCUCUAUGCCUAUUGUCACCAUCAUCUACAUCCUCACCAACGUGGCCUACUACGCUGUUCUGGACGUCGCCUCUAUUUUGUCCAGUGAUGCUGUGGCGGUGACUUUUGCAGAUCACACACUGGGUGCCAUGAGCUGGACUAUCCCCAUUGCUGUGGCUUUGUCCUGUUAUGGAGGCCUAAACGCCUCCAUCAUAGCUGCAUCCAGGUUGUUCUUUGUAGGAUCCCGAGAAGGUCACCUCCCAGAUGCUUUGUCCAUGAUCCACAUUCAGAGAUUCACUCCCAUUCCAGCUCUGAUGUUUAAUUGCAUCAUGUCACUGAUCUACCUGAUGGUGGAGGAUGUCUUCCAGCUCAUCAACUACUACAGCUUUAGCUACUGGUUCUUCAUGGGUCUGUCUGUGGCCGGCCAGAUCUACCUUCGCUGGAAGCAGCCUGACAGACCCAGACCUCUCAAGCUGACGUUGUUGUACCCGGUGGUUUUCUGCCUGUGUGCCGUUUUCCUUGUGGUGGUUCCUCUAUACAGCGACACGGUCAACUCUCUGAUCGGCAUUGCCAUCGCCCUGUCAGGAGUUCCUGUCUACUUCUUAGGUGUCUACCUGCCAGAGUCCAAAAGACCACCUGUCAUCAUUAAGCUGCUGCGCUCUCUGACGUUCUUCACCCAGUACACCUGCUUCUGCGUACGAACGGAGACAGACAAAAACCAGUAGCUUCCUCAUCGCUGCCAUGUGAAGACUUUUGCUGUGAAAGAAACCAAACUGAACAUAUAUUGUCCGGUUCAUCAUACUGAAACUGUUGGGAUUCACCUGGUUCUGGAAACGCUGCCACUGAUGAACAGAUUUACUCUGGGAGUUUAAAACGGUGUGUUCGGUUUUGUCAGAUAUGUUUAGACUUCCAUAAUAAAUGGCUCCAGACUUUUUAAAGAACGUGCCUAUGAAACUCAACUGGUGCUUUGUGGUCACAGGUAUGUAUGCUACUCGUUACUAUUACAUAUAUUACCGAGUAAUCUACAUGCUGUAACGUUUACCAACGACUCCCGGGAACUCAUUGGUCAUGAGUUUGUGUUAAAUGACAAAAACAAUGUUUAAUAAGACUGUCUAAAUUAAUUUCUUUUCUUGGUGGUGCCAGAUUCAACCCUGUUACUUUACAUUUUAAAGAAUGUUUUUUGACUGUACUUUUUAAAUUAUUGUUGCACCUUUAAAUUGUACGUUUGCACAUUAUUAUAUUUGAAUAAAAGGCCUCCCAUUCCUUGAAGGAAUGCAUGCCACCCCCUAGGGUUCGUGCUGGUUUUACACCAUUGUUUCAUGUUGGGAUGUGAUGGUUAUGCUGGUUUUGGUCUAAUCUGGAGUAGGUUGCGCAGUCUCACACAAUUAGUACUCAGAAGUUAUAACUCGGCUAGGUACAAACACCAAAUUUCAGGUUUUUCCAGAAGGAUCGGGGGGUUGUGAUGAGGGUUACUUUGAACAUCCAAUGGUUACUACCCAAGUCUCAUUAGUCUUCUAGUUGACCAUGAGACGUUUUGCUGAGACUACAGACAUCAAAUGAAGAAAGCAUUUAAUUUCUAGGAAAACAAUGGUCUUUAACCAGUUAUCCUGCAGGACAGCUGCUUGGUAGAAACAUGUUUUAGUCCUUUUAUCUUACUAAAGCAUGAAGUAAACAAGUUAAACAUAAACACUACCUUGCAUUAGAUUACCUUUAAAGGACAAGUGGCUGUAUUUGACCCUUUCUGCACACUUCAAGUCCUGAUUUGCCAGACAAAUGUUUAUAAAACAGCAAAAAUAAAACUGUUAAUCC